AUGACUGUUUUCAAAAAGAGUGAAACCACCAUCCAAUCGGGUCAACAUGUUUUGAUCCGUCUACCAUCAGAGGGAUUGAAAAUCGUUCAUUUACAAGAUACAGGUAUAAUAGGAUUAGGAAAAUUUGGAUCUUUUGAAGUUUCCAAUAUUUUGGGGUACCCAUUAGGUACAUCAUUUGAAAUUAUUGAAGACCACAAGGUUAAACCAAUCAAGAGUAUAUCCACUUUGGAUUUGACAGAUUCCGAUGAAACAGUUCAACGUCAAGAAUUAACUAAAAUGUUUUCUGAUAGCGCUGAAAAUAAUCAGAAUAUUAUCAAUAUCGGAUCAAAAAUUCAAAAAUUGUCUAAAGAUGAUAUCGACGAGUUGAAAAAACUGGGUGCUAGUUCUAGCGUUGGUCAAAUGAUCAUUGAAAAAAUGAUUGCUGGACAUGAAGGGUUUGAUAAAAAAACCAUAUUUUCUCAACAAAAAUACCUUAAAAGAAAGCAACAAAAGUUUUUAAGACGUUUCACAGUCGAUUACCUUGGAGGAAGUGAAUUAUUACAAUAUUAUAUCGAAAAGGAUUUGAAUAGGGUUUUAGAUCUUAGUGUUGAGACUUUAGGUUUGAUGUUGACAUAUAGUAAUGUUCGUCCUGGUGGAAAGUAUCUUAUAAUUGACGAAACAGGUGGAGUCUUAACUUAUGCAAUGAUGGAAAGAAUGAAUUGCGAAGGAACGAUAGUUUCAAUUCAUGAGAAUGAACAUGCAAAUUUAAUAGCUUUAAGAUAUUCAGACUAUGGUAAUGAAUUGGAAACUAAAACUGUUAAAAAUAUAAAUUGGUUGCAAUUCAUAGACCCUCAAAACGAGAAGAUUGAUUGGACAGAUCUUUCGGACGAAGAAGUUAAAAAAAUAAAGAAUAAGAGCCAGUAUAAGAAACGUCGUGACCGUGCUUUGCAGAUCAAUGAAGUUAUUCAACUAGUUGAAGAUGGAAAUUUUGAUGCAUUCAUAUCUGUUUCAACAUUGAAUAUGUCUGAAGUGUUGGAGUAUGUUCUUCCUAAGGUCGGUGGAUCCAGACCGAUUGUAGUAUACAAUCAGUACAAGGAAUCAUUAUUGGAAGUUCAACAAGCAUUGGCAGGAGACAAAAGAGUGUUAGCUCCAUCAAUAUAUGAAACCAGAGUUAGACCAUAUCAAACUAUUCCCGGACGGAUGCAUCCCGUGAUGACAAAUAGAGGGGGUGGUGGCUAUAUAUUGUGGGGGACACGAGUGAUUCCUCACGAUGCUAUUACUGCUGUAGGUAAGGGAUACGCAAAGCGAAAGAGAGUGGAAGCUCCAUCAGAGACCGACACAGAGACAAUAGAGGUACCAAUCGAUCAAGAAAGCUCUGUUUAA